AUGAGAGAUGAAAUUGGAUUAAUACCCUGCCCUGAAGCCAGAUAUAACCGGAGCCCGAUUGUCCUGGUAGAAAACAAGCUUGGUGUGGAGAGCUGGUGUGUGAAGUUUCUUUUGCCAUAUGUCCACAAUAAACUUCUCCUCUACAGACAGAGAAAACAGUGGCUAAACAAGGAUGAGCUGAUAGAUAUCACAUGUACCCUGCUACUGCUGAACCCCGACUUCACCACUGCUUGGAACGUGAGGAAAGAAUUAAUACUGUCUGGCACUUUAAAUCCACUUAAAGAUUUGCAUCUUGGAAAACUGGCGUUAACAAAGUUCCCGAAGAGUCCAGAAACAUGGAUUCAUAGGCGAUGGGUGCUGCAACAACUAAUUCAGGAAAACUCCUUGCCCAGCCUCGCAACUAAAGGAAACUUGGGAGCAGCACCUGUGGAGAGAAUUCACCGACUAGUGCAGGAGGAAAUGGAUGUCUGCUCUGAGGCUGCUGGGAGAUAUCCAAGCAACUACAAUGCUUGGUCCCAUCGCAUCUGGGUUCUACAGCAUUUGGCAAAGCUCACUGUCAAGGUUCUCCUCGAUGAACUUUCAUCCACUAAAUACUGGGUAUCCAUGCAUGUCUCGGACCAUAGUGGAUUUCAUUACCGCCAGUUCUUACUCAAUUCCUUGAUACGCAGAACAGUGACUGACAAUAACAUACUGGUACAAAAUCAAAUGGUAAAUGAGCAAAACACUAGCCUUCAGAAGGAGGAAGAGAGUGCAGGAACAGAAGCUGCCUGUGCAGAGGAGCAAAGCUUGGAUCUCUCCCGCCGUUUGGAUGAAGAGAUGGAACUCUGCAGUGAACUGAUCGAUAAUUACCCAGGGCAUGAAACCUUGUGGUGUCAUAGAAGGUGUGUAUUCUACCUUCAACAGCACUUAAGCAACAAACUUCCUCUCGUGAGUGCAGUGUUAUCAUCUGUGGACAGCAGUGAUGAAAGUCUGAGUAAUUCCCAUCACAGUCCUGCAACGGGUCACAUGGCACAAGCUAUGGAUGUUGAUGGUUUGAAUGAAUCCAGCAGCAAACAAGGCUAUACCCAAGAAACAAAACGCCUGAAACGUGCUCCUGUGCAGGACUCUCUUGGUCCAGAAAUGGAAUACCGGUUUGUUGAUAAAGUGUUAUCAACUUGUAGGGAUGUGGAUCAAGCCAGGUUUGCUACUGCUUAUAGAAAAUGGUUAGUUACUUUUCUAGGUCAGUGAAGGAAGUGUUUCAGGGUUCUUCUCUUAGUGCAAUAUUCUCUUUUCAGACACAAAUGCAUGUCUUGGUUGCAAGUGCUAGCUAGCUCUGUGUUUCUUUCUCUUAUGAUGGUCAGUCCUAAAGCUAAAUUUCAGAGUAGAAGUCUGUCACUUUAUUAAAGAACUGGCAUAUGUUUUUAUUAAGCAAAUGCAGUUUGUUAUUUAAUCUCUUAAAGAAAUCACUCUUACCAGCUUCAUACCAUGACAUUUUCUUUUUUUUUAACUUCUACAUUAAGGUGGACUCUGAAUCAUUUGACUUAAAAAAAAAAAAAUUAGGUAAAAAAGAAGAAGUUUGAAAUGCUUGUGAAAGAGAGUGUCUGAAAAAAGAAUGUGAGAAACUGUCAAUGUCGGCUAAAUCUGUUCCCUGUUUGUUCCUGUAUAGCAUCAUGCUUAUUGGAUGCUUAUUGGAUCCAGAGUAUCUUUUGCUGAGUGCGAUUAUUUUUGUAUAGCAGUCUUUGGUAGGACACCAGAAUACAGUAUUUCUUUCUGAAGUCUCCAGUUACAGUUUUAGACCUAUCGUGCCUUUUACUGUUUUAACUGGGUUUCUGCUUGCUUACUGAUUGCCAUGUUAGCUUGAUAGGAAGGUAUAAGGUUGAAAUCUUGAUGAGCAGAUAUAGGAAAAUGUGGCAGAAAAUUGUUCAAACAGAUGUUCACCCACAGUCAGAGCUGUAUUUGGCUGUAUUUGGAAAUAGUUUUCUUAAAACAGACUACUUUACCUUAAUUUCUUACUUGGUGUUUAUUUAUUUAUUUAAUUUCAACAGUCCAGGAAUAAUCACACUUGAUACACAUUUCUUAUGUCCUAUUUACAUCACAGAUUCUCACCCUGCUAAAUCACACAUUGGUAACUUGUACUUAACCAAGACCCUACAGGUCCAAUAUUGGAUGGAGUACAAAGUACCUCUUCCAACUCCAUUUCUGAGGCUGUACAGUUGAAAAUAAAAGUGACAGCAAGGAAGGAGCUAACUGUUCCCUUUUGUUCUUUUGAAGAGCUUCAUUCUUUGGUUGUUUUUUCACUUGUUCCUUUUUUACUCUUAAGGAAGAGCUCUACUCCAACCAUACAUCUCUGUUUACAUAACUGUAAAUUUCAAGGGAAUUUGAAAUCAAAUAUGAAUGGUGUAUUUUGUCAUUUCCUUAGAACUUGUCUGUAAAAGGGAUUUUUUUACACUAGUAGAGUUGUGCUGGUCCACAGACCCAGGGGAAACAUUCUACAACUGUGGAAGUCUAUACAAUGGCAACAUUGCCUCUUUGAAAAGCAGACGAUUCUCUGGGGGGAUUAGAUUUUCAAGUUAGUGUCCUUGCUGUAAUUGCUUUAUUUAUCUCCUGCCGCAAAUGCCUCUUGACCAUAAGUUUCAAGAUGCUGUUUCCGUUGGGCAGAGAGAGAAACUAUGAGGGAGGAAAAAAUACAUGUAGCCUUCUCAAACGGUGUCACUUUGAAUCAAAAAAGCACUCAAAAUGUGAAGUUCCUGCACUUCUAAGUAGUUUGAUGAAUGAAGUUUACUCUCGCAUUUCAAGAUGAAAACAGACCACCUUCAGUCUUUGGUAGUAUGUUCAUGAUUCAUUUCAGGCACCAGGUAGCUAACAAUGACAUUUCUAAAUGUACACUCCUCUGUUUACAGUACAUAGAUAAGACUGAUCUAAGCUUGAGCAUCUCCAUGUCAAAGCUUUGUGUCAGAGGGCAGCCACCCCUGCCUCUCCAUAGGUGUGGAUAUUAUAAUGACAUGGUCAUUAGCUUUGAGGUGCUGUGCGAUGCUGUGGUGGUUUGGUUGAUAGUUAUAAUAGCAGAAGACUAUAAUUGUUGUCUGAAGGAAGUGUGGAAUUGGUUUGAGGAGGUUGAAGUACAAAUGGGAGUCUUAAGAACUUAAGAACUUAACUUGAGCAAGAACUUUUACACAUCCUAUGGGACCUGAUGUUUAUUGAAUGUGGAUGCUUCAUUAAAGUAUGUAUAGUAGCCUGGGUCAGCUUGAUUAACAGUAUCCCAUUAAUGACUAUAUGAACCUGGCAAGUGUGAAGUCCAGGAGGCAAGGUAUCUUGGUCCUAGACUACUUAGUAAUGUAUUUGUGUGUUCUGUUUACCUUGACAAAAAUGACCUGUUCAUGAGAAAAACAUUAGUGAUAGGAGCAAUCUCAGAAAUAGGAGCACGAUAAGAAACAUUUCUUGAACCGUUCUUGAAACAUUUCUUCCGUGGAAUGGAAGAGAUUCUCUCUUCUUGCACUAGAAUGACUGAGGCUUUCAGAAGAAAAUACUAAUAUUAAAAUCUGAUGUGAAACUCAUUAUAUAGUUCUUCCAGACUAUAAUCUGGAGUCUUAGUUAACAUUCUUAGAGGUGUACGGUGGAAGUUCUCUGCUUUUGAACUUAGUAUCAUUAACAUUUAAGCAGGUGCCCUCAAAUACAUGUAUGUUGUUCCUAUUCAUGUCAGCACAAAUAAUGCAUUCUUGUAGGACAACAGAAUUUGGUCCUAUGUAACUGAAUAGAGUUGCAUUGAAUUUCAGUACUUGGAAAAGGUUCUGAGAACUCUGAUCAGAGAAAGUGAUGAUAUUCUUGCUACUUUUGCAAAACACUGAUUGCUGUAGUAUAACUCAUAAGUGUGGGUUUUUAAAGUCUGCACCUGAUGGAAAUAUUCCCCUUCAUUUUUAAAUCUAGUUAGAAUAGUUAGAAAUGUUUGCAGACCUGAAAACUAAAUAGCGAAAUUGAAACAAGUCAUAUCUUUCUGUUUGAAGGAAAUGCAAACAGUAAGUUGUUAAAUUCGAGAUUUAAUUUAUUAAUAGUAACAAUAUAAAUUAUAUGAAAAAGGAAAAUAGUAUCUAAAUUGCUUCCAACUGUCCAUGUUCUGAAGCCUCAUGCAUGAAAUGAUUGAAGAAAUACUUAUACUGCAUUAGGCUCAAAACUGAUGUGAAGUUCUGGAACUAUGAUCAUUGCAGCAUACCUAUCUAACCACUUGGUGUUACUGCAGAAUCCCACUUGGGCACUGUUCAAAAACAAAUAAAGUGGCUUUAGGUCAUUGGUAGUUAACAUACCAAGCAUGGCUACUUUACAUAAGGUAUUUCAGCUGUUUCAUGCUUCAGAGAUCAGAGACUAAAAAUUUAGUCAGUGAACAUUCCUGCAGAGAAAAUGUCCAGCAGAAGCUGCAGAAUACAAGGCUCUAACUCUCUGAAGUUCCUUCAAAUGUAAAAUCAAACUUUGUACAACUGUAAACAUCUUCAUGUAUAGUUCAGCAUCUUCCUGAUUUUGUGUCCUGCUGUAGUAUGUGUCAUUUGAAUUGAUUAUUUUUGUUCACUGGAUUAGUCUUUGUAGAAAUUUGUUAGUACUAGAAACAAAGGGUUUCGAGGAACAAAUGUAAUUUGAAACUACAGAAUUUGGAAUAGAAGGAAUCAUGUUUUUAAGUGGUAAAUUCUCAGCUGCUAAAUACAGUAACUGUUAUUUCACUGGCA